AUGGCAGAAGAAAGGCUGAAAUUAGAAAAUGAGUAUAAUGAGCUUACAAAAGAGGUUGUCCAAAGUUGCGAUAAGCGCAAGAAGGAGAUAGAAGAUGGAUUUGCUGGGGAAAGAGUCAUAAAUGACAGGAGGCUGACCGCUCUAGAGACUGAGAAGCAGCAGCUCCUACGGACAAUGGAGGAGGAAAAGAGAAGCGCUAAGGUCCAGUCUGAGACGCUACAGCAAACUAUUGAGCAGUGCGACAUAUUAAAAAGGGCAAUAGAGGACUUCGGACUGAAUUCUAAACCAAAGGAGUAUUUUGAGAAGAGAUUUUGGGAGAUUCAAGGAUCGAUUGAAAGAAUAUCUCUUAAAUACUUCCACGACAUAGACGGAAAGGUGAACGCCCUUCAUCUACUUUGUUCUCUUACUGCAUAUCAGGACCUCGAAAUAGUGCAUGAGAAAUUGGUCGCAGAAGACCCCUCUUUUAGCUCCGUCCCAAUCGAUGAUAGCGAUGAUUCACAGGACCUCCGCACCGCUCAUGCUUAA